UUUAUUCGUUUCACAUAUCAUCCAAAACAAUUCAACAGAUAAGAAAAAAAAAAAGCCGAUCUAUUUCUUGUUAUAUUAUUAUCUACAAAAUGGAGAGCAAAUGGAGGGUGAUCUUUUCAACGUUGCUAGUCGUGAGUUUGUGCAUCACUGAUUGCGCGAAACAAAGCCUAGCGGCGGAAGGGCAACAACCGCAACAGCUUCCCGGUUUACCUGGACUUUUUCCACCCGGUGUUCCCGGUUUUCCUGGACUUUUCCCGCCCGGUUUACCCGGUUUUCCGGAUUUGACAAAGUGCGGGUCGACGCUGUUCAAUAUUCCGGGAUGUUUGCUGCAAAUAUCAACGUCAAUCUUCACAGGGCAGUUUGGAAACGUCGGAAUUCCAUGUUGCAAAGAACUUUUGGAUUUAAGCGAAAAUUGUUUACCAUCAAUUUUUCCUCUGAAUCCGUUUGUUCCUCUUCUCAAAAGUAGUUGUUCUAAGGCUGUUGCAGCUCCUCCUGCAGCAAAGUAGAACAUAGGAGUUUUUGAAUUUUUAUAUAUGGUGGAGAUAGAAGUUUGCAGGAGUAUCUAUGUUUGUUAUUGAUAAAGAUAUUGAAAUAAUUAUGUUUAGUAAUAACAUAUUUGG